AUGAGCUUGCUUCAGAAAAAGACCACAACAACUAACUCCAAAACCUUUCUUGAACGAUUAGAAAUGGAAAUACGAGAAUGUCCAUCAAACACUCGAUGGAUUGACUCCAAGAUAUUGAUACGCUUGUCCAGACCUUGCACGAACUAUGAAGAACUUCAAAAGCAUCUGGUCAGAAUGAUCAAACAAGCACGACGAAGAGAUUUUUUCCCUGUCAUGAUAAGUCCACAUAUUGUUGAGAUUUAUCAAAAUAUUGCGACAAUGACACCUAACGGAUGGCUUAAAUUCUUUCUUUGUGAAAUAGGGAUCGCCAAUUGGAGAUACUUUAAUGAAAACUUAUUCACACCCCAACUAUUUUCAUUACCUAUGUAUGAUGAAGCUAGUUCAACAGAAAAACUUACACAAAAGUAUUUGGAAUUCUACCGCAUGGUUAAAAAGGACAUUGGAUUAACAUUAUCGAGCUACAAAAAUUUACACCCUUUGGUUGUUAAUCAGAAUCUAGACGCUUUUGAGAUACUCAAGUUUCUGAUUGAUGAAUGUGGAGCUGAUCCAAAAUGUGACAGCUCACUCUUGAAAAAAUGCCUUAUGGGCCAGUGUUUUUGGUAA